AUGUUGAAAAGAAUGCUAGUGCGACAUACCGUUGGCAACGAGGGCAUAAGCGAACCACUAACUAUAAUUAAAUGUGAAAUUGAUGAUGAUAUUGUUGGUUUAAAUGAUGGAAUCGGACCAGCAUCGACAGCCAUGGCUCUAGGUAUCAAUUCGGCGACAAACACUACCUUCGUAAAUAAUACCGAUGGUUUAGAUUGCGUUGUCUGUGGUGAUCGAGCAACCGGUAAACAUUAUGGAGCAAUAUCGUGUGACGGAUGUAAAGGAUUUUUUCGACGAAGUGUUCGUAAAAAUCCUGUAUAUGAAUGUCGACAUCAAAAUAAUUGUACUAUUGAUAAAGACAAACGUAAUCAAUGUCGACAUUGUCGAUGGAAAAAAUGUAUUCGAAUGGGUAUGAAAAAAGAUGCCGUACAAAAAGAACGAGAUCGUCUAGGACGACAACGAAAUCAUGUUUGUGGUUACGGAACUGCAAAUACAAAAUCUAACGUAAAUCUUACUGGUAGUCUCGACGAGGAUGCAGAUGAUUUAAGUGUAACAGCUUUAUUAAAAGCCGAAAAAACAGCUCAAGAAUAUAUUGGCCGACAAAUUCGACUAGAUCGACAACCAUCGAAUACAGAACGUGUUCAAGCCACAUUAGAAACAAUCGGUAUAUCAAUGAACUAUCAACUUCGUAGUCUGAUUGAAUGGGCAAAAGAUUUGAAAGGUUUUGUUGAAUUAUCGGAUACGGAUAAAAUUGCUCUGUUGCGUGGCCAUACAGGAGAAAAUCUCAUAUUAGGUGUUGCAUGUCGUUCAUUAAACUGUGAUGAUUAUUUAUUAUUGGGCAAUCAUUAUGUUAUACUAAGAAAUGCAUCUGAUCCAGGCUUAAGUCGUGCAGCCGGAAGAAUACUUGAUGAAAUAGUCAAACCAUUAAAAGAUAAUCAAUUAGAUGAAAAAGAAUAUGCUUGUCUAAAAGCUAUUGUCUUUUUCGAUAAUGAUAACAAAUCUUUAUCGAAUCCAACGAGUGUCAAACAAUUACGUAAACGAAUACAAGUUAAUCUUGAAACAUAUAUUAAUCAACAACGACCAUUAAUGCGUGGGCGCUUCGGUGAAUUAUUAUUAUUAUUACCACCAUUACAAAAUAUAGCUCGAUUAAUGGUCGAUCUUGUUGCACGUUACAAUCAAGACACGAAACAAGUCGACGAUCUUAUCAAUGAGAUGCUUCUAAAUAGAUAUCGUGACGAUUGCCAGGAAGCAGUGAUAUCUACGACAACCAAUAUGAUCCAUACGAUUGCCAACACUGCACCAUCGUCUCCAAGUAAUUCAAUUUCAAAAGAGAACGAUAUUGAUUCGAAUACUUCGUCGAUUGAUACCGAUAUGGAAGACAGUAAAUCUCAGGAGACUGAUAAAUUUGAUCAGCUAUCAUCGACUACACCUGUUUCGAAUUCCGUUAUAAUGGUACCACAAACAGCAGUCGAUGAUGAACUUAAUAAUAUUUCACUAAAUGAAAAUGAUGAUUAUACACCAAACAGUCUUUCUCACAUGCAUCUUCUUCAUCCAACUGUUGAUACCGAUCCGAAUUUAUAUCGACAUAAUCGAACAAUAGUUGAUAAUAAUCAAAUGUCAACCAAUAUUGAUCAAUAUCAACGUAGACCAACGUUACAAUAUUUUACAGAUACAUCAAAUGACCGAUUAAAAUCAAUGAAAUCAAAAUCUAUAGCAACAUCGUCCGCGUCGAAUUCAUCAGUUGGAACAAACUAUGAUCUUCAUAGUGAGAUUAAUUUUUUAUAUGAUCUCGUUACACCACCGACAGCAACAGGAACAAUAUCCCAGUCAGCACGAUCACAAUCGAAUAAUGAUGAUAAUAGUUUGUUUGAUGAUUCAUGGAAUGAAUGA